AUGGUCGCGGAGGACCGCAUCAGUGCUCUCCCGGACGAGGUGAUCCAGGCGAUCCUCGCCUGCCUCCCGACCACCGCCGCCGCCGCGCGCACCAGCGUCCUCUCCCGCCGCUGGCGAGGCCUGUGGAAAUGCGUCCCGGAGCUCUCUUUCCACGUGGAGCCGAAGGCACCGCCGGGCGCUUUUUCCUCGACCGCUGACGCCGUCGACGCCUACUCCGCCUCCGCCGAGCUGAACCGCCUCACCCUCGACGUGGACCCGUCAACCCCCGUGCCACGCAUCGCGCACUGGCUGCACUUCGCAUCGCUGCGCCUCGCCGGCGCACAGGGGAUCUCGACGGGACACAAGAUUCGUAGGCUGAUCGAGCUGCCGGUCAACGAGAGGGCGACGCGCAUCGAGCUCGCCAGGAUCAACUUCCAGCUCCGACUGGGUGCCGGCGCGUUCACGUCGCUGCGCGCCCUCAGGAUCAACGGGGGCAAGUUCGUGCACGGCGACGUCGGCCACCUCGUGUCUACGCAGUGCCCGCGCCUGCGGGAGCUCGAGAUGAGCAACGUGGGCGGCGUCGUCGCCGCCGGCCACAUCUCCAUCAGCUCCACGUCGCUACAACGGCUUGUGUUCAGACGCAUCAGCGGCAUCAGCAAAAAGGACCGGAUCGUGGUUGCUGCACCAAGCCUAUACUACCUGGCUUUGGAAAACUGUGGAGACAGAUCUGCGGCAGCUACCAUCGUCGCCCCCAUGCUGGCCGAUCUGAUUUGGAAUCACAGCUAUGACCCUAGCCGCCAUAGCAUCAAGGAUGCCGAUCGCCAAAUCUACAGGCUAGCAGUCACCUGCCGAUCCAACACGGCGCUGUUUCAACGAUUUGAUGCCGUCGACAAGAUGUCCCUCCAUCUGUCCAUGUUGCCGAAAUCACUGUGCAGUCAUUGCUGUAAAUGUCUGGAGCCUGGAAGCUGGAAAACUGACGGUAUCACCCUGGAUUCGCUGGAGGAGCUGGAGAUCACUAGUUUCACCGGAGCUGAGGAUGACACCGAGUUCCUGAAGCUGCUGUUUGGGUGCAAGAUCAAACUCAGGAGGAUGGCCAUCCACACAAGAAAAGACGUUUCUCUGAGUCGGGAGGCGCAGAAGCAUCUCUGGGAUCUGGCACGUCCACACUGCAUCGUCCUCGAGUUUGAAACCACGCAGUUCCAUAGAUGA